GAAGAAUUUUUUUUAUUAUUUGUUGUAAAGUCUUUUGCACAAUCACGCCCACAUUUGGGGUUGGAAAGCCCUAAUUACCGCCGUCGCUGAUGGACGUUGGAGAGGGAGCGCCUCGCCGCGGAACAGUCGCCUGCGCGCCCUCGCCGGACCCGCGGCUCCCUUGUUGCGCCCCGGCCCGGCUCAGUCUCUGCUGCGGGUCGCGGCGCUUCCGCGCCCCCUCGGAUCCCGGGCGCAUCCCAGCGCUGCUCAGGCUCGGGCCCCCAGACCCGGGCUCCAGGAACCGCUUCGGCUCCGAUUCCCUGCGCCUGCGGGACGCGCCCAGUGGGAGCCCGCAGCUCUGCGUCGGAUCGUCCCCCCAGGCUUAACCGGCCGCUCCGCUUGGAUUCCUCUGCUGCCCUUGCUCUGGUGGCGACUUCCUCUUCGGGCCCCCUCCCCCUCGCCAUGAAGAAGUCCACUGGAAUAUUAAGCCCAGGAGUUGCUUUGGGGACGGCUGGAAGUGCCAUGUCUUCCAAGUUCUUCCUAAUGGCUUUGGCCAUAUUUUUCUCCUUCGCCCAGGUUGUAAUAGAAGCCAAUUCUUGGUGGUCGCUAGGUAUGAAUAACCCUGUUCAGAUGUCAGAAGUAUAUAUCAUAGGAGCACAGCCUCUCUGCAGCCAGCUGGCAGGACUCUCUCAAGGACAGAAGAAACUCUGCCACUUGUACCAGGACCACAUGCAGUACAUUGGUGAAGGCGCAAAGACGGGCAUCAAAGAAUGCCAGUAUCAGUUCCGGCAUCGGCGAUGGAACUGCAGCACUGUGGACAACACCUCCGUGUUUGGCAGGGUUAUGCAGAUAGGGCUGUGGGGCGGCUGCGGCGACAACAUCGACUACGGCUACCGCUUCGCCAAGGAGUUCGUGGACGCGCGCGAGCGGGAGCGCAUCCACGCCAAAGGCUCCUACGAGAGCGCGCGCAUCCUCAUGAACCUGCACAACAACGAGGCCGGCCGCAGGACAGUGUACAACCUGGCCGAUGUGGCCUGCAAGUGCCACGGGGUGUCCGGCUCCUGCAGCCUCAAGACGUGCUGGCUGCAGCUGGCCGACUUCCGCAAGGUGGGCGACGCCCUGAAGGAGAAGUAUGACAGCGCGGCGGCCAUGCGGCUCAACGGCCGGGGCAAGCUGGUGCAGGUGAACAGCCGCUUCAACUCGCCCACCACGCAGGACCUGGUCUACAUCGACCCCAGCCCCGACUACUGCGUGCGCAACGAGAGCACGGGCUCGCUGGGCACGCAGGGCCGCCUGUGCAACAAGACGUCCGAGGGCAUGGACGGCUGCGAGCUCAUGUGCUGCGGCCGCGGCUAUGACCAGUUCAAGACCGUGCAGACCGAGCGCUGCCACUGCAAGUUCCACUGGUGCUGCUACGUCAAGUGCAAGAAGUGCACGGAGAUCGUGGACCAGUUCGUGUGCAAAUAGUGGGCGCCCGCCGCUCGCCUGUCACCCAGCCCCGUUCCCAGGACCCACUUAUUUAUAGAAAGUACAGUGAUUCUUGUUUUUGUUUUUUUUUUAAAUAUUGUUUUAUUUUCCCCCGAGAAUUGCAACCGGAACCAUUUUUUUUUUCUGUUCCCAUCUAAGAACUCUGUGGUUUAUUAUUAAUAUUAUAAUUAUUAUUUGGCAAUAAUGGAGGGUGGGAACCAAGAAAAUAUUUAUUUUGUGGAUCUUUGAAAAGGUAAGACUUCUUUUGACGGUGGAGGAUGAGGGGGGAAAUAACACAUACCCUGACUUAGUUGUGUGCACAUCUAGAGGGUAAAGGAAAUACGUUUUCUUUUUGUCAACUGUGGGGUUGUAUAGGACAGGUAGCAUCCAGCUGGAAGGGGUUGGUCCAAGUCUACACUCCAUUUAGCCUCGAUGACCAAAAUGAAUUGUAAAUGCUCUGGUGAAAGGUCUUGAGAAACAAACGAAACAAAAAAAAAAUGAGGCCCCCCUCCCCUUUCUCCAGGGGCUACCAGCCUGAAACAUUUUCAAAAUGGUAAUUUAAAAUGUAAGAGCGAGAAUCUCAUUUCCCGCAAAGAAAAAAAAGUAUAUCAUGUAUCUCAUGCUUCUCAAACAUUCCAUGCGCAGAUGGUCCCAUUCUAACAGCUACUGAAACUUGGGGAGCAGGGAGGAAAGCCUCAGAAAGGAAAAAAAAGUUAAAAACUCCUAUAUUAAGACUGAUUUGAAGCUGUUACAGGAAUUAGGUUAUCAGAUUGGGAAAGCAUCCCCGAAUGACUCUGGGUUGUAGACUUUUUGUUUGGAGAGGGGUGGGGGCGGUUGGCUUGAAUCUAAAGGAAAAUAUACUGUAAUUUUCUUAGGGAUACUUGGUUAAUAAAUGAUAAUAAUCAAAAUAA